UCUUCAAACGCGGUUAAAGGGGAGCCUGUCAAGUUUGUGUGAAGUUGUGAAAAGUUGUCAAGUCGAAAAAAGACCAGAGAAACUCCUCCCGUCUUCAAAUUAUGAGCAAUCAGCAGCAGGGUGACAUGGCCGCGGUGGAGAGCGGUGGAGGCUUCAGUCAAAAGCGAAACACAAAUGCACAAGACUCACAGCAGCCAUCUCCUCUUGCCUUGUUGGCAGCCACCUGCAGUCGAAUUGACACCCCAGGAGAGAAUGAUUCCCCUUCAGACCAACAGAACCAGCAGCAACAGCUGGACAUAAACCAGGGUGUUUUCACCUCCAAUGCCAACGGCUGGCAGGUUAUCCCGAUCAGCGUUCAAACAACCUCAGGCACUAACACCAUCACCACUGACUCCUCAGGGGUGAUGACAGUAGGAGAUGCAGGCAAGAGCAGACAGGUGCUGUCACCAUCAAUAGCUGUAAGCACUCAGGGACAGCAACAGCAGCCACAGCAAUUUGUUGUAGCUCAGGCUCCAUCGAUGCAGGGUCAGCAGGUUCUUACCACCAUAUCAGGAAUGAUGCCCAACAUUCAGUACCAGGUUAUUCCCCAGUUUCAGACAGUCGAUGGCCAGCCACUGCAGUUGGCACACGCUCAGCAAGAUUCUGCUGUACCUGCCGCAGCACCAGGACAGCAGUUUCAGAUAGUGUCCUCUCCUAACGGCCAGCAGAUCAUAGCUGCAACCAACAGACCUGGCGCAGCAGGAAACAUAAUAACGAUGCCCAGUCUCCUCCAAGGAGCGAUCCCCAUUCAAAAUAUAAGCUUGGGCAAUGGUGUAUUACAAAACCAGCCCCAGUUUCUGGCAAAUAUGCCUGUGUCACUCAAUGGAAACAUCACUUUGUUGCCUGUCAGCACUGGAACAAGCAGCACAGGGGGAGAUGCAAAUGGUGGAGGUGAUACAGGAAACCAACUUCUACAGCAAUCACAACAUCCAGUGUCUUCUGGGGCCGGCUACAUGACCAGUGCGCCCACUGUCACAACGCAGACUUCCACUUCCUAUGGAAUGACGCAAACUCAGAACAGCAACGGAAUGAUGACGGGGACAUUCCAGCAUAAUGCAACAUCUCUGGGUGUUCCGAUACAGCCAGACAACAGAGACGGUCAGCAGCAGCCACAGCAGAUCUUGAUCCAGCCUCAGCAGGUUAUCCAAGGUGGAACGCCCCUCCAGACCAUCCAGGCCGGUACUGUCACGACCGCUGGUGGUCAGGUAUUUGCUACUCCAACACUCAGCCAGGAAGGGCUUCAAAAUCUUCAAAUUAUGCCAAACACAGGCCCCAUCCUCCUGCGCACUGUAGGCCCCAAUGGCCAGGUGAGCUGGCAGACCAUUCAGAUUCAGAAUCCGACAGGACCACAGAUCACGCUGGCCCCAGUGCAGUCGCUCCCACAACUUGGCCAGGCUCAGGGAGCUGGUGGAGCUGGUGGAGUGUCUGUCAACACAGUGCAGAUCCCAGGCAUCCAGACCAUAAAUCUCAACUCGCUUGCAGGCUCUGGGCUGCAGAUGCACCAGCUGCAGACCGUUCCCAUCGCCAUCACCCAAGCAGGAGAGCAGACCUUACACACAGGUGGAGAAAGUUUGGAUGACAGCACAGCCAUGGAUGAUGAGGAUGUAAGUCCACCACCUCAAGGACGACGUAACCGCAGGGAAGCCUGUACCUGUCCUUUCUGCAAGGAUGGAGAAGGACGUGACCCAACUAAAAAGAAGCAGCACAUAUGUCACAUCUCUGGCUGUGGGAAGAUCUACGGAAAGACAUCCCACCUGAGGGCCCACCUCCGUUGGCACACAGGAGAACGACCCUUCGUCUGCGGCUGGUCCUUCUGUGGCAAACGUUUCACCCGUUCAGAUGAGCUCCAGCGCCAUAAGAGGACACACACAGGUGAGAAAAGGUUUGCCUGCCCAGAGUGUCCCAAGCGCUUCAUGCGCAGCGAUCACCUCUCCAAGCACAUCAAAACCCAUUUGAACAAGAAAGCAGUAGCAGUAGCAGCAGCCGUCAGCGUCGGUGGUACCUCGGUCUCAAAUGAUGCGGCUUCCCCUGUUGCAGUCACAAAAGUCGAACCAGGAACGGUGUCAGCCAGUGACCAGCACACCAUUGUCACCAUGGAAACCUUAUCUGCAGAGAGCAUAGCUCGAUUAGCCAGCAGUGGGAUCAACAUGAUGCAGGUGGACCUUCACCAAAUUAAUGGCAACAACUACUGAGGACGGUGGAGGAGCAGGGAGACGGCCUCGGUGGAUGUUGCAUUUGGACAUUUGGGGUUAAAAAGGGCACGUCUGACUGCAGACACAGAACUUCUCAAAGGCUUCAGACAGGAGUGGUGGUCACAGAUGCAACACAACGGACACUAUUGAAUUCGACAACCGAGGCAGGAAAAUUAAUGUCCAUCUUGUAUUUAGAAACCUGUGGCAUUUAAGGGUUGGAGUUGGAUUAAAAUGUUAGACUAGAGAAAUCAUCAUGUAAACUUAUUUCCCCUGAAUGGAAAUGGCACUACACUAACAUUUGUCCCACACCCAAUCAAUGAUACUGAGAUUGCAAUACAAAAAACACAGACUAGCACACAUGAUGCUGAAUUGGUGGCAAGUAAUCGCUACAAGCGUCUUUAGUAAAGAGAUGAAACUACUAAGUCAGACUCUCAUCUGUGUUUUCAAAGCUGUGAGCUUUGCUAUUUGUCUCUUUUCACCUCAGGUGCGCACUCAAAUUGGGCUGCUGUAUCUGGCAUGUCCCUCAGGCUCACUGGGCCACAUUAGCCCAUUAUUACCCUUAAAACUGCAAUUAUAACCAUCUUUAGCAGUAAAUAUAUCUGCUUCACACAAAUCUGUGGUUGCAGUUUUUGGGAAAUCCUCAAACUAACAAUCCCCAGUGUCAUAAUGUUUAUCUCAGUAUCAUUGGAAUAAUAUGUUAAGCGUUUUAGGGCAGACCGUUUAGAGGAGAGGUGGAACACAUGAGGUCAUGACCAGGUCAGAGCCAGAAGCACUAAUCAGUGUGAGGAUGAAGGUGUGUCAGGGCACUGAAAUCCUGAGAAUAACUCUUUAACCUCUUAUGUAGGUACACACAUUCAAGCCAUCAUGCUUUGAUAGGUUUAUCAUAGCAAAAACGUUUUUUUUUUUUUUUUUGUAAAUACUUGUUUUUCUUUUUUUGAGGGGGGGGGUAAAUGUAGAGGCCACAGAAAUUCUUAGCUUAGGCCGUAUCACCGUACACGUUUGCAAGAGAUUGCCUUUCAGUUGUAUGAACCUCUCAUGCACAAUCAAUCUUAAUCUUAUGUUAUUACUUUUAUAUAUAUAUAUGUAGAUGAACUGUGUAAACUUACGAGCCUUUCUGUCAUAGAAUAAUGUAUUCUAUACAGUCCAGAUUUUCCCAGUAUGUUUUUUUUCCUGUGGUAUACUUAUCAACUGAGACUUUGCCUUGCAGUCCCAUCAGUUUCUUAUUUCUGUGGAAAAGUGUAUCUAUAGUCAUAUCUGGUCAGAGUAAAGUAUUUUGUAAUAAUGUCCAGACAGCAUAAAUAUGUAAGCUCAAACCAAAGGUUCAUACUCAUUUUAUAAGCAAAACUAGGAACUCUUUCUUUGGUCCGUGAACUUUCUGAAAAUUUUUACUCUUGUAAUACGUAUGUUAAAGUUCUAACUGGAAAAGAUCCAGCUUGAGGCAAACCUCGGAUGCACACCCCUUUUGUUGUCCAAAUAAAUAAUUUGCUAAAUGUAUUGACGGUCAAAGAUUUUCUUCUUUUGAAAUUCUCUUUGCUUUGGAAUUAUGCUCUAUUUGAGAAACAUUUGUAACUUGUAAAAUGUAUGUUUAAAAACUCCUUUGAAUCUAUAGAACAAGUUCAAUGGACAACAAGUGCUCUUAUUUUUGUUUUCCUUCUGCCCCGUUUUAAAUAAGGGAUUUUAUAUUGUGUGUGUGUGUAUACAACUACUGCAAAUGCCAACAGCUGGAUUAAAAUUAUAAAUACA